GGUGGGAGGUAAUAGCUGAACUGCCAAACAACUGAGGGUAUCUACUCCGCAUAUCAUCCUCGGUCUCCCAAUUGGCCUCUUCUACCAGACAGUGCUUCCAUUGCACCUUCACUGAAGUGAUAUCUUUGGACCUCAACUUUCUCACUUUCCUAUCCAAGAUUGCUACGGGCUCUUCCUCGAAGGACAGAUUCUGAUCAAAUAAUAUGGAAUCCCACUGAAUGCUAUAAGACCCGUCUGAAUGGUACUUCUUCAACAUGAAAACAUGGAAUAUUGAAUGAACACCUACCAAACCUGGCGGCAAAGCCAACUCAUAAGCCACCUUGCCAACACAACGAAGAAUCUCAAAAGGGCCAAUAUACCUCGGGCCCAACUUGCCCUUCAGGUUUUAAGACUGUUUCAGGAAUCAUUUAUCUUGUUCAAUUUUUGGUCUUUCUCAUAAAAGUAAUCUGAUUAACAGAAGAAGUUUUCUAUCCCAGCAUGUGGAGAAGAGUUUGUCAUAAAGUCAAUAGGAAAGAAAUGGAGAGACUACAAAUGUGAUUUAAAAAAUGUUUAUAUGACAAAAUCAAAAACCAAAGAUGUGUUGUUAAAGAAUAAACCGAGUCGUAUACCAAGGGAUCAGUGGACUGGUCUGGUCUCCUCUUGGGUUUCAGAAAAAGAUAAGCGACGCAGCCAAACAAACAGAAACAAUAGGGCCAAGCAAAAGAUGCCACACACAGGUGGAUCGAAAAGUAUUGCCACCUUGAUGGAUGAGAAGGCUAAAAAUGGUAUUGAGCCUACACGAGCGCAAGUUUUUAUAUUAACUCAUAAACCACGUAAAGAUGGCAGACCACUGGAUGAGGAGUCUGCGAAGACAAUUGACAUGAUCAAUGAAAAGUUGAGUAAUAGUGAAGGAUCGAACGAGCAACCUCCUCGCUCUGUUGCUCGGGAAGGAGAUGUGUAUUCACAAGUGUUAGGAAAUGAAAAACUGGUUAUGUUCGUGCCUUAGGACUUGGUCCAACUCCUUCUGUACUAUGGGGUAGUAGAUCUUCUUUUGGAAAUAUUGUUGAAGAGGAUUCGUCUAAUGAGGUUGUAAAAAGGUUAGAACAAGAGGUAACAAAGUUAAAGGAUAUAAAUGGAAAACAAAAUGAAGAACUGAGUUUGGUGAAACAAAAUCAAGAGAAGUUGCUAUCUGAAUUAGGAUGGGUGAGAAAAGCCAUGAGCAGAAAUGGUCCUAAUGAGUUAUCUAUACAUCAGAAUAUCAAUGGAAUUUCAGAUGACCAAGUAAGUCAAUUUUAAACAUUGGGAGUCAUUUAUUGAAAUUUAAAUCUUACAGAAAUAAUGUUAUCUAAUGUGUUAAUGUUUUUUAGUUCCCGAUGCCAACAGUGGCCAUGAGCGAGUACAACAAUCACCACAUAUGUUGUUUAGAGAACAUAAUGUUGCUAAAAUAAUUCCAUCUUCUCACGGUUAUAUAGUAUGAUGUUUGAAUAGCACGUGGAGGAUUCAAUAUUAUGCAGAGUUGUGAAACUGUUGGAGGGUGCAUUUAGAAAUUUGUUGCUGGAAGUAUUGGACAGGAAUAGUUACAAGGACAUUAAAUAUUUAGUUUAGACACAUAAUAUUAUUUUUUAAUUCGCUGAUUACAUUAGUAUUAUGAAUUAGUACUUGCUUUUGUUUAUCUUGAGUUAGUGAAAUAUAUUAUAUUUUUAUAAAUUAUAAUA